AUGGCAACGGGAGGCGCAGGCACUCCGAGCCCUCCACGUCCCUUUGCCCAAAAACCCUCCCGUGGUGGUGGCGGUGGUGGUGCUCCUCCGGCGCCUGCACCGUUGACCACCGCGUCUCCUCCGUCAAAGCGAGAACUAGCAUCCUGGUGGAAAAAAUUCAGGAAGACGACAGAAAAAACAACGGAUGACAAGGUUGAAGCUCCCACUGGUAUCUUUGGCGUUCCUUUGGCCGAGAGCAUCAGAUACGCCAAUGUCGCCAUCUCCCUGCAGAACGAAUAUGGUGAGAGUUUCAUCUAUGGCUACGUCCCGAUCGUGGUAGCGAAAUGUGGAGUUUUCCUCAAAGAGAAAGCUACCGAUGUCGAGGGUAUCUUCCGGCUGAGCGGGUCCGCGAAACGAAUCAAAGACUUACAAACCAUUUUCAACUCGCCUGACAGGUACGGAAAGGGGCUAGAUUGGACUGGCUAUACUGUCCACGAUGCUGCCAACAUCCUUCGCCGCUACCUCAAUCAGCUCCCGGAACCCAUUGUUCCUCUCGAUUUCUACGAACGGUUUCGCGAACCACUCCGUCUGGUACAGGUUCCGACAGGGCCGGAUGGUGAAAUGCAAUCUCGAGAUAUGAGUAUGGCUGAACAUGCCGCCGCCGUUUCUGCCUAUCAAAAGCUCAUCACGGAGCUACCGCCUUUGAAUCGCCAGUUGCUCCUCUACAUUCUCGAUCUACUUGCAGUCUUUGCGUCCAAGUCGGACCUCAAUCGCAUGACUGCCGCCAAUCUUGCCGCCAUCUUCCAGCCAGGUAUAAUAUCUCAUCCUUCACACGACAUGGCGCCAGGAGAAUAUCGACUCAGUCAAGAGGUCUUGAUCUUCUUAAUUGAAAACCAGGAUAAUUUCCUCAUUGGAAUGUCAGGUACCGCGGUUGACGAAAAGACUCAGAAGGACGUUGAGAGCGGUGCACCGUCCUUGCGGUCUCCGAAGGCUGUGGGACGGUCUGCCUCCAAUGCCAGUGCUGGUGCUGACAGUCUCCGGAAAUAUGGAGUUCGGCGUAACGUAUCCGUGUCGUCGCGCGUCACUUCGUUCGCGGGAGCUGCGGGAAUCGCGCGGAGCAAUACUGUGCCAUCGAAACGAUCUCCAGCCAUCACCUCGAAUCGCUUUCCGAGAUCUAAUGAGAAUACCGAUUCGACGGCUCAGCCAGUGGGACAGAACUCCGUGCAUCCAGGCCCUUCAGCCCUGAACCAGGAAACUGCCGAGUCAAAGUCAUCCAGAUCUGGGUCUAUCCAACCAGAUGAUGCUGAUGGCAGAGGACCGUUGGUUCCUGCACAAGCCGCCCAGGCACCUGUUCAGUUUCCGCAACAACAGGUGCAACCUCCACCACCAAGCGUACAGAGCAUACCAAACCAGAGCCAGACCGGCCAGGCACAAGGAAUGGCUGCGGCUGCGACUGCAGCUGCACCACCCUUCACGACUCGAGAACGGAAGAUAUCUAAUCUUUUCCCAAAGUCGCCCAUAUUUGGUCCAUCGGAUCCCAACGGUAGGCAACCGCGAAAAUUGCAAAAGAAGCCAAAGUUGCCUGGAAGUAGCAAUGACAGUGCUCAAAGCUCAUUGAAUUCACUCCAUGGCGACGACGCAGGCACUUUCCACACGCCUCUGGUUUCACCUGAUAUUAAUAGCAUUGGGCGACACGAUCCACUAGCUGCGCCUCAAGGUCCCGCUCUCACGAAUACUGCCGCAACGCCCGUCAAUGAUACUCCAAACUCGAAGCAAUUCUCGACACCACCCACUACAAACACCGUGCAAAAUCACGCGGCAGGGUUGAAGCCUCCUACAUCUCCGCCAGGAUCGACGCACUCUCGCUCCUCAUUUACCGAUCCCUCAGAUGCCGAUGUUGUCGACGAUGCGGUACAGCAACCAGAGAAGGAAAAGCGUCGCCAUCGAUGGAGAUUCUCCGCUGCAGCAAAGAAAGGAGAACAGUCGCCGCUCGCGCCGCCGCCACCCGUUGGCCAGAACGCCGGGGCAAGAGGGAGCAACAGUUCGAUCGGUUCCAGUCGACCCAGGAAGAGCUUUACUGGCGAUUCUCAACUGACACAAUCCUCGUAUAUUGAUCCCAGCGCGAUUGGGCAGCAGCCCCUUAUGGGUCAGUCAAGCCAGGAAUCAAAUGAUGUGCAGAAGGACCUCAACGCCGAGACAGAGAAGAAGGGCUUGUUCGGGAAAUGGAAAGCCAAGAUGUCACAGAACAGAGACGAAAAGCUGGCUGAGAAGGAUCGGGCAAAGAGUCCUCCCAGGAACGAGCAAGGCUCCUCCCGGAGCAGCCUAGCAGCUUUCGCCCAGGAGCACUUGGCACCUCGGGGGAGAUCAUUUGACAGACCCCGCGACGAGGUGCUGUCUAGUGUGACCGAAAGACCAGUCGCAGAGGGACAAGCUCUUGGAAAGCAAGCACCAGUGGACCCUGGACGGGGAGAAAGGCCAGCAGGUUCAUAA